CUCGUUUACCGCACUAGUUCCGCUCAGUCGCGUCCGCUACGCCGCGUGUGGUGUAUCUCGUCUCGUGUCACCUGUAAACAGAGCGGUGGUGUUGUGACAGCGAGUGUAUGUGCGAUGCUCGGACGGUGAUCGAAGCAUGGUGAAUUACGUUAAUCCGCUCGCCAUGUACCAAGGCAAGGGCGGGCAAUACGGCAGCGGCUGGUAUGGCUGGCAGCACCAAAACUUUGAGGAACAGCAGUGGUGUGCGUGGAACGGUGCGCCGGCGGGUGGCGAGUGGGCACCGGAGGCUCACCACUUCCCUAAGCGGGAGCCGGGCGAGCGGGAGAUAGCGGACAUGCCGUCGCCAGCGCGCGGGGACCUGGCCAGCCCCAGCGAGGGUUCGCCGGGCUCGCGGCCCGCGCAGCCGCCGGCCCCGCCGCGCUCCCCUUACGAGUGGAUGAAGAAACCUAACUACCAGACACAGCCCAAUCCAGAAGAUGACAUUGUUGCAGGUAAAACGCGUACGAAGGACAAGUACCGUGUUGUGUACAGUGAUCACCAGCGGCUGGAGUUGGAGAAGGAGUUCCACUACAGCCGGUAUAUCACCAUCAGACGCAAGGCAGAGCUUGCUGUCAGCCUCGGGCUAUCUGAGCGACAGGUAAAAAUAUGGUUUCAAAACCGACGCGCAAAGGAGCGUAAACAGGUCAAAAAACGCGAAGAAGUUGUAAUGAAGGAGAAGGGAGAUCACGCGUCGCUCCAGCACGCGCAGCUGCACCACGCUACGAUGCUGCAUCACCAGCAGAUGAUGAACGGCAUGAUGCACCAUCACCACUACCACCAGGGCGUGCUGCAGGGCGUGCCCGAGCCGCUGGUGCCCGGCGUGCCGCCCGUGCCGCUGCUGUGACCUCACCACCAGCACUACUGUGGCCACAGUGACAACUUCGCGUAGUGACUCUAAGGUGUUCCGCAACACCCUCGCCCCUCGCACUCAGGACGAGAGCCCCGACCGGGCGCAGUGCAUUCACAGUAUACUACGAAAAAUGUGUGAUAAAUUCAGUGCAAUCUUGUGGGAAUAUUGCUAAUGCGUGUCGAAUUUUGACAUCAUUGUAAAAAC